AUGAAGAUGAAACUUGAAUACAAAGAAAACAUCUAUCUAUCUAUCUAUCUAUCUAUCUAUCUAUCUAUCUAUCUAUCUAUCUAUCUAUCUAUCUAUCUAUCAGAUAUCAAUCGACCUUCCUUGAGCCAAAUAUUCAUUAGUUUUUUGCAAACGGUACAAAGACAUUUUCUCUGUAACCAAGAUCCUGUAUACAAAGCUGAAAAGAAAUACGAAAAAGACAAGAUGGAGGGUUAUACAAGGGAAGAUAUUGAAGAGCAAGUGCGGACGCUUCAGCAGAAGAAAAAUGCUUUAUUUCAAGAUAAUGGAGACCGUGUUGGCCUUGGAUCUGAAGGCCACUUUGAUACUGAUAUCUACGGUUCUUCAUCGAGCAAAUUUGAAGGUUAUGUCACUUCUAUUGCUCCUAAUGAAGAUCAAGACGAUGAUGAAGAGGAUCCACCAUACUCAAAGAAAUCCACAUAUACUGCACCAUUAAAUUUACUGAAUGACACCAUCAAUGAUAAGAACUAUGACCCACUGGAUAAUCGACCAGCAAGGAUUGCAGACAGAGAAGAUGAAUAUCGAGCAAUACGUCGACAGAUGAUCAUCUCACCUGAACGAUAUGAUCCAUUUGCUGAAGAGCAGAGAAGGACAGAAGAUGGCUAUAGUCACCCCAGGCUACACCGUGGCAAAACUCCAGAUCCAAAAUUAAAGAAACGGACCUUCUCGGAUGUUAUGGUGGAACAACGUCUCACCCACCAACAGGCAGCCCUACGACAGCAGUUGGCUGAGAAAGCAAAAUCUGGAGACUUGUAUGCCUUGAAUGGAUCUGCCAAUGAUUCUAUGUCAUCUGCUGCAUCUGCUUCUUCUGUUGCCGCAGCCGUUGCAGCCCAGAAACAGCCCGUGAAGAGACGCAGAUGGGACCAAGCCGCAGAAGAUACCACACCUGCAAAGAAAGUUGCCAGUUCCAGCUGGGAUGCAGCCGAAGCGACAGCCACCACCCCAUCAAACACCCGCUGGGAUGAGACCCCAGGACGGUCGAAAGGUGGAGAAACUCCUGGUGCUACGCCAGGUGCAAGUACUCGUGCUUGGGAGGCUACUCCUGGUCAUGCAACACCUGGAGCUGCUACUCCAGGUAGGGAUACCCCAGGACACCAAGCCACCUCCAGUGCACGAAGGAAUAGAUGGGAUGAGACCCCCAAAACAGAAAGAGAAACUCCUGGCCAUGGAAGUGGUUGGGCUGAAACCCCCAGAACUGAUAGAGGGGGUGAUCUUAUUCAGGAUACUCCAACCCCUGGUGCCAGUAAACGUCGGUCAAGAUGGGAUGAAACCCCUGCUGCAGCCACACCUGGAGGAAUGACACCCAGUAGCAUGACCCCCAACAUGACCCCAGGAGGAACCACUCCCGGUGGAAUGACACCUACUGGUAUGACCCCAACAGGUAUGACCCCAAGUGGCAUGACUCCAAACAUGACUCCAGGUGGUAUGACACCUGGUGGCACAACACCGACUGGUCAAAAAGCUAUGGCAAUGGCUACCCCAACACCAGGACAUCUCAUGUCAAUGACCCCAGAACAGUUACAGGCCUACACCUGGCAGCGAGAGCUUGAUGAACGUAACAGACCACUCUCUGAUGAGGAAUUAGAUGCCAUGUUUCCCGUGGGCUACAAGAUCCUUCAACCUCCAGCUGGUUAUGUGCCUAUCCGUACACCAGCACGUAAAUUGACAGCAACUCCCACCCCAAUGGCUGGCACCCCCAUGGGAUUCCGAAUGCAGACUCCAGACAACAAAGUACAGAUUGUUGACAUGCAGCCUAAGGGCAAUCUACCGAUGAUGAAACCAGAUGAUAUGCAGUACUUUGAUAAACUUUUGGUUGAUGUGGAUGAAGAAUCUCUGACUCCCAAAGAACAAAAGGAACGAAAAAUAAUGAAAUUGCUAUUGAAGAUUAAAAAUGGCACUCCACCAAUGAGAAAGGCUGCUCUCAGACAAAUUACAGACAAAGCCCGAGAUUUUGGAGCUGGCCCACUCUUUAACCAAAUUCUGCCAUUACUCAUGUCUCCGACGCUUGAAGACCAAGAACGGCACUUACUUGUCAAGGUCAUAGAUCGUAUCUUGUACAAACUUGAUGAUUUAGUUCGUCCCUAUGUGCACAAAAUUUUGGUCGUCAUUGAACCACUCCUGAUUGAUGAAGACUAUUAUGCCAGAGUGGAAGGCAGAGAGAUUAUUUCUAAUUUAGCCAAGGCUGCUGGUUUGGCCACUAUGAUUUCCACAAUGAGACCUGAUAUUGACAACAUGGACGAAUACGUCCGUAACACAACUGCCCGAGCAUUUGCAGUUGUUGCUUCAGCUCUUGGCAUUCCUUCACUAUUGCCUUUCUUGAAAGCUGUGUGCAAAAGCAAGAAAUCCUGGCAAGCUAGACAUACUGGCAUCAAAAUUGUUCAACAGAUUGCCAUUCUCAUGGGAUGUGCAAUUUUACCCCACCUCAAAAGCUUGGUGGAAAUUAUUGAACAUGGGUUGGUUGAUGAGCAGCAGAAAGUACGUACCAUUACUGCCUUGGCUCUGGCUGCACUUGCUGAAGCAGCUACCCCAUAUGGUAUUGAGUCCUUUGACAGUGUCCUCAAACCCUUAUGGAAGGGUAUCAGACAACACAGGGGAAAAGGUUUAGCUGCCUUCCUGAAAGCUAUUGGUUAUCUUAUUCCCCUUAUGGAUGCUGAGUACGCCAACUACUAUACCAGAGAAGUGAUGUUGAUCCUGAUUCGAGAAUUUCAGUCUCCAGAUGAAGAAAUGAAAAAAAUUGUAUUAAAGGUCGUCAAACAGUGCUGUGCCACAGAUGGUGUUGAGCCUCAGUAUAUCAAGGAAGAAAUUUUACCCCCUUUCUUCAAACACUUCUGGAAUCAGCGAAUGGCUCUGGAUAGAAGAAAUUACCGCCAGCUGGUGGAUACUACUGUGGAAAUCGCUAAUAAGGUCGGAGCAGCCGAGAUCAUUGGCCGAAUUGUGGAUGACCUGAAAGACGAGGCUGAGCAGUACAGGAAAAUGGUGAUGGAAACAAUUGAGAAGGUGAUGGGCAACCUUGGUGCUGCUGAUAUUGAUUCACGUCUUGAAGAACAACUGAUUGACGGUAUUCUUUAUGCCUUCCAAGAACAGACGACGGAGGAUGUCGUUAUGUUGAACGGAUUUGGCACUGUAGUGAAUGCCCUUGGCAAACGUGUGAAGCCUUACCUGCCACAGAUCUGUGGUACCAUCUUGUGGCGUUUAAACAACAAGUCGGCCAAAGUACGACAACAAGCAGCUGAUUUGAUAUCAAGAAUCGCAGUUGUUAUGAAGACUUGCCAGGAAGAAAAACUGAUGGGCCAUCUGGGUGUUGUGUUGUAUGAGUAUUUGGGAGAGGAAUACCCUGAAGUACUUGGGAGUAUAUUAGGUGCCUUGAAGGGCAUUGUCAAUGUGAUAGGAAUGACAAAAAUGACGCCACCUAUCAAAGAUCUCCUACCUCGGUUAACACCGAUCCUCAAAAAUAGACAAGAAAAAGUGCAAGAAAAUUGCAUUGAUUUGGUGGGUCGGAUUGCUGAUCGAGGAGCAGAGUUUGUUUCAGCUCGAGAAUGGAUGAGAAUUUGCUUUGAGCUUUUGGAAUUGUUGAAAGCUCACAAGAAAGCAAUUCGACGAGCAACUGUCAACACAUUUGGUUAUAUUGCCAAGGCCAUUGGGCCUCAUGAUGUAUUGGCAACAUUGUUAAACAACUUGAAAGUCCAAGAACGCCAGAAUCGUGUAUGUACGACAGUCGCCAUUGCCAUCGUGGCUGAAACCUGUUCACCUUUCACAGUUUUGCCAGCCCUGAUGAAUGAAUACAGAGUUCCCGAACUUAAUGUUCAGAUUGGAGUGUUAAAAUCACUUUCCUUCAUGUUCCAGUACAUUGGAGAAAUGGCCAAAGAUUAUAUUUAUGCAGUUACAUCUUUGCUUGAAGACGCUUUAAUGGACAGGGAUCUUGUCCAUCGUCAGACGGCCAUGGCAGCCAUCCAACAUUUGUCAUUAGGCGUUUACGGUUUUGGCUGCGAAGACGCCCUCAAUCACCUCAUGAAUUACGUCUGGCCAAAUAUAUUUGAAACCUCGCCUCAUGUUGUACAAGCUUUCAUGGGAGCCAUUGAAGGUUUACGGGUUGGCCUGGGAUCGGCAAGAAUUUUACAGUAUGCCUUACAGGGUCUUUUCCAUCCUGCCCGCAAAGUACGAGAUGUUUAUUGGAAGGUGUACAACACUGUGUAUAUUGGUGCCCAGGACGGCAUGAUUCCUGCCUACCCCCGUAUACCAAAUGAUGUCAAAAAUCAAUACAUCCGCUAUGAACUUGACUAUAUGUUAUGA